AUGCUUCGCAACAUGGCUGAUACGAUCGACCUUACCCUGGCCAUCAAGCCUACCGAUAUGGAAUCUGUGCCGCAGCGGAUCAAAGACAUCAAUGUGUUGAGUAAAGACUUGAUUGGGUGUAGCCAGGAAACUCGCCAUCAGCUCAUAGUCAAAGCCCGCAACCUCAUGCAGGCACUUCUUACACCUCGCGAACAGAUGGUGCAGCACAUUUGGGCCAAUUCCGGACUGAACGCCGCCCUGAUUACGGGAGUAGACAUUGGGCUUUGGAAACUCAUGGUGGCCAAUGGUGUGAAUACGCCUCAGAGGGUUGAAGAUCUUGCCAAGCCGCUAGGGAUAGAUCCCGUGCUUCUCGGCCGUUUGAUGCGCCAUGUUUGUGCCAUGGGCCACUUGGAGGAAACGGCGCAAGACGAGUACAGGCCUAGCAAUUUUUCCAAGGCGCUGAGCCUGGACGUCAUCGGCGACGGCUAUGUUUCUGUCCUCGGCGGAAUCGGCCGCAGCCACAUCGAGUUUAACAAGUUUCUACGCGAAACACAAUGGCGGAACCCAAUUGAUGCUGCCCACACGGCCAUGCAUGCCUCCUAUAAAACUGACCUGCCAAACUGCUUCGAGUACCUGCGUGGGUGGCUACCGGCAAGGUCGGCUGCCGUGGGUGCAUCCGCGUGGAUGCAUCCGUCGCUCUACCCGGUUGAGAAGCCGCUGUUCGUCGGCGCGGAUACCUCUCCAGAUGCGCCGUUGGUUGUAGACGUGGCUGGCGGCCUAGGCCACGAUAUCAACGCUUUCAAGAAGCUCUACCCGAGCCACCCUGGUAAAUUGAUCCUUCAAGAUCUACCAGUCGUGAUCAGUGACGUCAAGGAUAUCGACUCCUCGAUUCAGCUUAUGGGCCACGACUUCUUGGCAGAGCAGCCUGUCAAGGGCGCUCGGGCCUACUUCAUGCACUCCAUAAUGCAUGACUGGCCAGAUGACAUGUGCCAAAAGAUCCUGGCACGUUUGGCGGACGCUAUGAAGCCGGGCUACAGCAAGUUGCUGAUCUUUGACUGCGUGAUACCACGAACAGGCGCGUAUUGGGAGGCUACAGCGGGUGAUAUCCUUAUGAUGACACAGCUAUCGGCACUGGAACGCACGGAGGACAACUGGCACCAGAUGAUUGAGGGGAACGGUAGCAAGCUGAAGAUUGUCAAGUUUUGGAAAUGCGGGCAGUCUGACGUAGAGAACACACUUGUGACACUCGGUGCAAAGAGUCGAGACCGCCUCCUCUCGGACACUCUGGACGGCAUCCGUCACCGUCAGGCAGAGGCCCCUGCUAUUCUGGCUAGACUGCGCCAGCUCAAUGCAGAGCUUGCCGACCACUUUCACGCCAAGCAGAAUGCCCUGUCCGGCCUGACGCUGUGCAUGCUCUGUCCUCAGAGGCCGACAACCUACACGGUGCCAUCGUUUAUCGCCAUCAGCUACUGCUGGCACUAUGCGGACUGGCCGCUCGCUCCGGCUGCCCAGCCGAUCUAUCCGUCAUGGGAGAUUUCCAAGCCCAUGGUGGAUGCCAUAAUGGGUAUGCCUAAUAUUCGGGAAAGCCCAGAUGAGGGUGUGUGGCUGGACAAGCUGUGCAUUAACCAGUCAGACGAGGAUGAGAAGAUGGUCGCCAUCGGAGCCAUGGACGUUAUCUACAGCUCAGCGCGCCGCAUCGUCAUCCUUCUCGAGAACGUGCAGCUGGAGGCGGAUGAGGAGGCAGCUGGACUGGCCUACGCUGGCUUCUACGCCGACAUGUGCGCCGAGGUGAAGACUCGCGAACUUGAGGGAGACGAGAAGAGAGACUUCGUCGCAGGUUGCUUCCCCGCCCGUAUUGCCGCUCUGCCAGCUGAUGAGAGGACGCGUAUCACGGACGCAUCUGUGCCGUUUGCAAAUCGUCUACUCAGCGCUCGAUGGUUUUCCCGAGCCUGGUGUGCUCACGAGAGCCGUGUGGUGACUCAUGGAAAGACGGACAACCCACUCUUUCUCUGUUUUGGCAGCAAUUGCCUGGUCCUUGCUUUCCAGUUUCGCUUCGUCCAUUACUUCUCUCUCUGCCUGUUGGACUCAGACCCCGACCCUCCGGUUGCGUCGGAGGAGUACUUUGGCUUCCUGAAUGACCCGAAUUUACAGACGCUUCGUCAGCGCUGGUCUCGGAUCCACCGUCUCCUGGGCAGGCCUGGCGCAGCAAAUGUUGCACCCACGCAACACAUGGUCAGCCUCAUACCGUUUGGCUGCCUCAAUGCUUGUGACUUGGUGUCAAUUGCACUCAAUACAGCUGGAAUUCCUCUCACAUAUAGCGGCAAUAUAACCGACAAGGGCGACUUUGUCUGGAUAUUCUCUGCUAUCGCUAUUGCAGUCGGCGAUGUCGUGCCGCUUCUACUGAUCGGAAAGAAGCUGCGGAUUCUAGACCAUGUUGGGGAGGGAACGAUGACAGUUUCCUGGGUGACCGACCCGAUCAGCGGUGUUGUUGACGAUAGACAGCCAAGCGGUCUUACUAAUUCCAUCACCGCGGUGACCAGAGAGUACAUCGAACUAGACUGCUAA